AUAAAUAUAUGCCUCAAAUGCAAUUUAGGUUUGACAAAUCAAAUACCCAAACACACCACUAACAAAUAUACUUCCCCCUCCUACUCCUUCCUCCUCUCUGUUUUUCUUAAAACAGAAAUGGCGACUUCUGCUCGACGGUCAACUGGACCAGUACUUCAUACCUUUGACACGGCUUUAGCUUCAUCAAUUCGGUUCCAUCUGAACCAGGAGCCUUCACCAAACCGGUUCAUUUCUGCAAUGAACCGGCAAAAAACACUGUCCUCGAAGAAGAGGGCAUGUAUGUGUUCGCCAACGAACCAUCCAGGUUCGUUUCGUUGUAGUAUGCAUAAGAAAAUGGAUGUUCGAAGGGUCAGUACCCAAAUGGUGUGUACUAAUUCGAUUCGACUGCAUAUGAGGAGAUCAGCAAUGGCGAAUUCGUUAGUACGAAUUGGUAAUGGUGAAGGUGAGCUUGUUAAAAGAGCUUUAGCUGCUUUGAUUCGUCCUUCCUCUCAUCAACAGCGACGCCGUGCUGAUUUCCAGCGCCGACCUAGCAGGCUUUCUCUUGAGUCUUGAAACUUUAAGUCAAAUUUUAAUAAGAGUUCUCAGAAAAUACUAGCUCAUUGUGCUUUGAGGAGUAGUCAAAUGAUGUCGAUGGUAUAAGGAUUAUCAGAGGCGACCUAGUCGGCUUUACAUUUGAGCUAUAUAAGCAUGGGCGACUCAAUAGGAUUAGUGACUUAUAAUCAAAUUUUAGUAAGUGGUCUAUUUGCAUGUGCACUUCAGCAUUCAACCGCAACAUCGUGCUGGUGGCUUUAUAACCAAAUUUUAAUAAGAGAUCCGUUGCGUGUGCACUUCAGCAUUCAACAGCAACAUCGUGCUGUUACCUUAUAACCAAAUUUUAGUAAGAGGUCAACUUGCCUGUGCACUUCAGCAUUCAACAGCAACAGCAUUCAACAGCAACAGCAACAUCGUGCUUGUGGCUUAUAAUCAAAAAUUUUAGUGAGGUCUAUUUGUGUGUGCACUUCAGCAAUCAACAUGGUGCUGGUGGCUCAUAACCAAAUUUUAGUAAAAGGUCUACUUGCCUGUGCACCUCAGCAUUCAGCAGCAACAACAACAUUGCCCUUAUGGCUUAUAACCAAAAAUUUUAGUAAGAGGUCCAUUUGUUUGUGCACUUCAGCAUUCAACAUCGUGUUGGUGGCUUAUAAUCAAAUUUUAGUAAGAGGUCUAUUUGCCUGUGCACUUCAACAUUUAACACCAACAUCGAGCUACUCAUGAUGUGUAAGGCUGUGAAUCUUCCCACGGUAAAAGUAAAUUUUUAACAUAUAUAUGUACAUAGUCUAAAUCGAAACUUUUGAAUUCGAAUGAACUUGUAUGAAAUUGACAC